AAUUUCUCAAAAUAAGACAGACCUCAUCUAAAUCAAAAGCAGUCACUCCCAAGAAGGGACAGUCAUUGGCUUUACCCCAACAAGUGGACUUCCCUCUGUGUUUUUUCAUUGUGCUGUGUACUAAUGAAAUGUCCCUCUGGGGAUGGCCUCUGCCUCUUCAUCCCUCUGCAUCAUUUGAGAGCAGAACCAAAAGAAGUAGGUUUUAGGUGUAGCAGGAAGGUUAAAGCCAAGAAGGAACUCUUCCUUUGGAAGUCUUAAAAGAAUAGGUGAGCACUGCAUUUGCUUAGGAAAUGAGGGUUGCAGAAUCAAGUCCAUGGACUGGAGAGGCCAGCAGUUCUGGGUCCUACCUCAGAGAAGGGCAGGAACUGUGCUCUGAACGAUCUUACCUCAGAUCCACUGGAGUAGCCUUAGAACCUAAAGCAGUCCCAUCAGGCAGCCAUUUCCUGCCUGCAGUUCACGGGGCAUGACAGGUGGUUCCAUGGCAGCAAGAGACUUCCUGAGGCCUCUGUCACUCCUCAUCACAGAAUCCAUGUAGUCCCCCACCUUGGGGCGGGGUAGCGUGCUACGAAUGACCUUGAGAGGGCCCAGGACAGUAGAGGGGAAAGGAAGAGAACAGCCGUCUGGGAGUGUUGCCUUCAGCCUGGGUGUGAUGGGUGAAGGCUCUGAGCAGUCAGGCCUGGCUGGCUGUAGCAGCCUCCAGGAUGCUAUUUCCCUAUUUCCCCACCUCCUUCAAGCCCAGGUGUAGCCCAGGACCUAGAACUUUCCAACGGGGGCUCAAAGCCAGGCAGGUGAAGCCCUAUUCUGAUACAAUGAUGCUUUGUGCUGGCUCUGGGCCUGAGCCUGGCUCAGGACUUGUCACCUCCCUGUUCUGUACAAGGAGGCAAGGCCACAGGGUAUGGGGACAAGCGGGGAAGGGGAGAAAGAGAGAGGGUGUGCUCUCACCCGCCCCAACCUAUUAGAGGAGACCAAGUCCUCCAAAGCUGGACUCUCAUGUUUCUGGGAUGGUGGCAUUUUCUGACUCCACAGGAGGCCUCAGGCCUCAUCUCAUUCUGUAGGGAUGGGUGGGGCAGGGUGCCGGGCACUGGACUGUGGUACUCCCAGAUUUAGGCCCCCAUCAUGUAAAGGCAUUCACCUACCCAAAUUGUAAUCCUGGAAUUACAGAAUGGUAACCGUGGAUCCGCCCAGGUGGCAGACAGUCACAGAUUGUGACCCAGGCAAGGGCAGUCCCUUCCUUCUCCAGGGUCACACUGGUUAAAUGGGCCUGGAGCCCCUGUACCCAGAUUCUCUGUCAUGGUUCUGCCCUCAAGUCCUCAAAGGAUGACAGAAGUCAUGAUUUGAGCACCUACUACGUGAAAGACUCUACUGGACGUUGGAGAUGCAGAGAGAGCUCCCCUUAAGAGCUUCUGGCCAGAUAGGUAGUUUACUACUCACUACAGGGGAACUACAGUUGCUGGAAGAUGAUGGUUUUGCCUGAGGACUGCAAAACUUUAUAAAGUGCUCCCCUUGGUGGAAGAGGGGCCCUGCCUGCAGAAACACCCCGAGGCCCAGCAGUGAAUCUAUGGCGAAGAAAUCAAAGAUGGGAGGCCAGGGAGUGAGAGAAUGGUGUUGCAAAGGGGCGCAUCCCGAACACCCCUCCCAGAAACUUCCGAAGGAACCAGCCCAGAAAUUUGGCCUCUGCUGCCCUCUAAUGGAGGAAAGCAGCCUGUAGGGCUGCCUGCUGUGGCCCAAGGAACCUGGCUCCCCCAAAGAAAAGAGGAUGUGAAGAACCUUCCUGCCCUCCCCCGCAAGACUUUUCAUUCUCCUAGAGUCUUAAGCUUCCUUUCUGACAGCCUCUGGAGCCAAACCUUCUCCUGUUCCAAGCGCUCCUGGCUGCCCCGUUUCCUGAUCACCACCGUUUCCCCAGUUUCCUUUGUUGCCCAGGUUCUGAUUCCGUAUCCUGGUUCCAGAAGGCCCUUGCCAGGUGCCUUGGGCCUAGCUCCCACCCGGGCGCAAGGCCACACUGACGACAUGGGUAUGAGCAUCCCCCGGAACCUGGGGCAAAUGGACAUCCGCAAAGGUGUAGUGGGCUUGGCCACAGGUGCUGGGUUCAUCUACCUGCUCUACAAGGCCAUCAGGGCUGGCAUCAAAUGCCAACCGCCCCUCUGCACGGCCUCACCCAUCUGCAUCGCCCGUGAGUGUACGGGCCCUGGGGAGAGGGCUCUGCCCCAGGAGGCACCUGCUCCCGAGGCCUCCAGUAUGGGAGGGCCCAAAGGCCUGGCAGUGGAGCGCGAGCGGCACGGGCGGGACUCGGGUGAGCUCCGGAGGCUCCUCAACUCUCUGGGGUCCAAGCAGGAUGAGUACGCCAAGAGCAUGACCCUGCACAGCAUCACGCGCUGUGUGUACUUGCUGGAGGCCGAGGCCUCCUCUUGUACUGCUGAUGACAUCAACUUGGUGGGCUCCAUGCUGGAUGACAAGGACAACAGUGUCAAAAUCCAAGCUCUGAACACACUUAAAGCUUUCUCGGGCAUCAGAAAAUUCAGGCUUAAAAUCCAGGAACACACCAUCAAGGUACUGGAACUGAUCUCCACCGUCUGGGAUUCGGAGCUGCACGUUGCAGGCCUCCGACUCCUCAACAGCCUCCCGCUGCCCGACUAUGUCCAUCCACAGCUGCGACGGGUGAUGCCUGCCUUGAUGGAGAUCCUGCAGUCAGACUAUAUCCUGGCACAGGUGCAAGCCAUACGAUUGUUGAGCUACCUAGCACAGAAGAACGACCUUCUGUAUGAUAUUCUCAACUGCCAGGUGCACUCCAACUUCCUGAACCUGUUUCAGUCCACCCAGCCAGGGAGUCUGCUGUUUGAGGUCCUGGUGUUUGCUGAGCGGCUAAGUGAGGGCCGGAAUUCACCCCACUACCGGGCCGUGAAGUGGCAUUACAAUGAACAGUCUCUGCAUGAAGCUCUUUUUGGGGAUGAGUCACGACUGGCAGACCGGCUGCUUGCCCUGGUCAUCCACCCUGAGGAGGAGGUUCAGAUCCAGGCCUGCAAGGUCAUAGUCAGCCUGCAGUGCUCCCAGGAUGUGGGAGUCCGGCCCUCCUCCUGCCGGCCCAGUCAUUCCUACUUUAAUAGCGGGGAAUAAAAUUAAGGAGAGCCAAUAAAUGACUAUGGGAGAAAAGCUUGAAGCAGUUUCUGUCUAGGGCCUUCCAGGGGCUGGGUGUGGACUUCAUCCAGCGUUAUCCCCAGAGCACGGCAAAGCAUGGGCGCAUCUCCCCAAAGACAUCCCCACUUCCCUGUGUAGGAGACAGAUUCCCUUCUCCUCUUGCUGCUUUCCAAAUUUGAAUGUGGAGCCAAUGCUUUAAGGGAGUUUCAGAGAGAAGGCAUGUUUGGGGACUGAGGCCAAAGAUAAUCAGCAGGAGUCAGGAUGGGCUAGGCUGUGCCACCGUAACAAACAACCUCCGAAUCUUAGUGGUAAAAAAUGACCAGGUUAUUUAUCAUAGCCCCUAGCAGGUCAGCUGGGGGGCGGCAGGUGUCUUUUCCAAGUCAUCUUCUCUCAGCGACCAAGGCUGAGAGUGGCUUUUAUUGUAUAUCUGCAACUCCUAGAGAAGGAAAAGGGAAUGUGGCUGUGAUCCCUGGCUCUUAAAAGUUACACCAGAAUUGAUGCUCGCUACUUCUGCUCACAUCUCACCAGCCAAAGGGGGUAGGAAAGAUGAGUCUUACCAUGUGUCCAAGGAAGAACUGAGAGUAUUUGAUGACAGCAUUAAUGACAGAAACUGUAGGCAUACUGGGAGAGUGAGAGCUCUGGAAUUGGGCUCCCAGGUUCAAAUCCCAGCUCUGUCGCUUACUAGCUGUGUGACCUUGAGCAAGCCAUUUCCCCUAUUUGAGCUUCAGUCCUCCCCUCACCUGUAAAAUGAAUAUAAUAAUAGUACUUACAUCAUGAGGCUGUUGAGAGGAUUCUGUGGGGAUUAUAGGGGUUGGUGAAUGUAAGGCACAGUGUUCCGCCUGCAGACGGUAUUCAUCAAAGGUCAACUAUUGAGAGAGUGAAAGAUUAGCACUGGAAAGGUCCUUAGAGCACUGAGUCUGAUGUCUUUCCAGUCUCUUUGGGUUACGGGCACUGGGGAGUCCCAGAACCCUCUAUGAAGCACCCUGAAAUGCCACUGGAAUUUAGCUUUAGAAACCAGAGUGACUGUGUGAGUAAUAUAAAACCAUAACCGUGAAGUCUCUAGAAACAAAAAUACUGUCAAACCAAAUAGGGUCACCUAUUCUCAGAUGUUCCUUAGUUCACCUAUUUUCUUUUUUUUUUUUAAGAUUUUAUUUAUUUAUUCGACAGACAUAGAGACAGCCAGCGAGAGAGGGAACACAAGCAGGGGGAGUGGGAGAGAAAGAAGCAGGCUCAUAGUGGAGGAGCCUGAUGUGGGGCUCGAUCCCACAACGCCGGGAUCACGCCCUGAGCCGAAGGCAGAUGCUUAACCGCUGUGCCACCCAGGCGCCCGUAGUUCACCUAUUUUCAUUGCAUUUCCCACGUGUUCAUUUAUUGUGUUAUCUGUGAGCCCUUGCUGGAAACAGACAGUAGUGGUUACUAAUGGUUUAAGAAAACCUUAUGGAAGGGCGCCUGCGUGGCUCAGAUGGUUAAGCAUCUGCCUUUGGCUCAGGUCAUGAACUCAGGGUCCUGGGAUCGAGCCCUGCAUUAGGUUCCCUGCUAGGCAGGGAGCCUGCUUCUC